ACACUGUGGGAAACUUUGAGCGAUCUGAGAGGAUGAAUCCAGCACCUGGACGAAGGACUCGUCUUUUUGUUGUCGCUGACAUCAUAAAGCCAAGGAGUUUUAUGGCCUUUCAGAUGACUUAUGAACAUGCGCGUUCACUCUUUUGAACUGGCGGAGUGUUUUUUAUUGUUGAUAGCGAAGUAAUUUUGGAGAUAAGCGCCGCACGUUUCACCGAGCGGCGGCCUUUUUUUGCGCACAGGAGAGACGCGCGGCCGAAGGUGCGCACAAGCAGCAGCAGCGUCAGGUGUGCGUGUGUGUGUGUGUGUGCGCCAAGGAGACGUCAGAUUAACAGUGAAACACCCAAAACCUCAAAAUGACCGACGGUGCGAGACAGCGGAUCAGCACGACGGGUUCCGCCGGUGAUACCGGCGCGCAGAAGGAGUCCGGAGGCGGCGUCGCGCUCAAGAAGGAAAUCGGUCUGGUCAGCGCCUGCGGGAUUAUUGUCGGUAACAUUAUCGGCUCAGGAAUCUUCGUCAGCCCAAAGGGAGUGUUGGAAAACGCCAGCUCCGUGGGUUUGGCUCUGAUCGUCUGGAUCAUUACGGGCAUCAUCACUGCCAUCGGGGCGCUGUGCUACGCCGAGCUGGGAGUCACCAUCCCCAAGUCGGGAGGAGAUUACUCUUACGUCAAGGACAUUUUUGGAGGUUUGGCCGGCUUCCUGCGCCUGUGGAUUGCCGUGCUGGUGAUCUACCCGACCAACCAGGCCGUGAUUGCACUGACCUUCUCCAACUACGUCCUGCAGCCGCUCUUCCCCACCUGCUUCCCGCCAGAGAACGGCCUGCGCCUGCUGGCCGCCGUCUGCCUUCUGUUGUUGACGUGGGUGAACUGCACCAGUGUCCGGUGGGCCACCCGGGUGCAGGACAUCUUUACCGCCGGAAAGCUCCUGGCUCUCGCCCUCAUCAUCAUCAUGGGCAUCGUGCAGAUCUGCAAGGGAGAGUACUACUGGCUGGAGCCGGCCAACGCCUUUGAACCCUUCCAGGACUAUGAUGUCGGCUUGAUAGCGUUGGCCUUCCUACAAGGCUCCUUUGCCUAUGGAGGGUGGAACUUCCUGAAUUACGUCACAGAGGAGCUCGUGGACCCCUACGUGAACCUUCCUCGGGCCAUCUUCAUCUCCAUCCCCCUUGUGACGUUUGUUUACGUCUUUGCCAACAUUGCCUACGUCACCGCCAUGACUCCCCAGGAGCUGCUGGCUUCCAACGCUGUGGCUGUGACGUUUGGCGAGAAGCUGCUGGGAGUCAUGGCGUGGAUCAUGCCCAUCUCUGUGGCGCUCUCCACCUUUGGGGGCGUCAACGGUUCCCUCUUCACCUCCUCACGCUUGUUCUUUGCCGGAGCCAGAGAAGGUCACCUUCCCAGUCUGCUGGCCAUGAUCCACGUGAGGCGCUGCACUCCCAUCCCGGCUCUGCUUUUUACCUGUCUGUCCACGCUGCUCAUGCUGUGCACCAGCGACAUGUACACGCUCAUCAACUACGUGGGCUUCAUCAACUACCUCUUCUACGGAGUCACUGUCGCCGGGCAGAUUGUCCUGCGGUAUCAACAGCCCAACAUGCAUCGGCCAAUCAAGAUCAGUCUGAUAUGGCCGGUCAUCUACCUCUUGUUCUGGGCCUUCUUGCUCAUCUUCUCACUUUACUCUGAGCCUGUGGUGUGCGGCGUCGGAUUGGCUAUUAUGCUCACCGGCAUCCCCAUCUAUUUCCUGGGAGUCUAUUGGGAAAACAAGCCUCAGUGCUUCAACUCCUUCGUAGACAAGAUGACCUACGUGGGCCAGAAGCUGUGUUUGGUCGUUUAUCCAAUCGAAGACAGCGGCAGCAGUGAUUGCGACGGGCAGGAACUGAUGGAGGCCAAGGCCCCCCUGUCCAAAGAAGAGGAAAACAAGCACAAGUCAGCGGACUACUGAAGUUCUGUCCCACCUGGUGAUUCACGCUCAUGUUUCUUUGCAUCAGUUGAUAAUUUUUGUGCCAAAUAUAGUCUGAGAUGUUUCCAGUCAUGUGACACCAAAUGUGUGUUUGGAGUCGCUCACAAGUGCAAUAGAGUCAGUUUAGCUCCUUCUACGUUCUUAUGCAGACACGUCUCAUGACUCGUGCUUCGAUGACUCCCGCCACACACUCCCUGCACACUCCCACUGGAAGAGUGGCUUUUUUGUUUUGUUAUUAUCAAAAGACUCUCGUCUGUUGUUACAAAUGUUUUGCUUUGUCAUACAUUUCAACACACCAAAGCUGGAUUUUGAUUUGGAGAAUCAGAUUGUCUGUUGUUGUGAAGUACACUGUUAUUGUUUUUUAAGUGACUGUGAUUCCAGAAUGGUUUUUGUGUGUAAUUGUUGUAAUUGUUUAUGUCACUUGAGCUGUCGUCAUUUUAAUGUUGGUUCUCCCUUUCUAGAUUUUUUUUUAAUUGGCUUGUAAAAGCUGCACCUUUCUUCUUGUUGCCUUAACUAGAAACAUUUCGUGCACUUUUGUACCAUUAACAUUUCUGACUGCUGUGAGAUAUUUAUGGGAGAUUUGACCUUCAAAUUAAAAUAAAAUAAGACAAUGGUUUCCAUCAGAACCACAUGUUUUGUCAAAGCUGUG